UACAUUGAUCAUUCUUACAACAUUAGUUCAACGGUUGAAAUGGCUGGUGUAGGUAGGCUGUUUCGGCAGGGUGCUAAUUAUCUGAAGAGCAAAGAAUUUCGUCAAUAUCUAUGCAGUACGCAUUUCUGGGGCCCAGUGGCAAAUUGGGGAAUACCUCUUGCUGCUCUUGCUGAUCUAAAGAGAGACCCAAGUAUAAUCAGUGGAAAAAUGACACUUGCUUUGUGCAUCUACUCUUUGUUGUUCAUGCGAUUUGCUUGGAAGGUUCAGCCUCGAAACCUCCUUUUGUUUGCAUGCCAUUUCACCAAUGAAUCAGCACAAGUAACUCAAGGUUGUAGAUUUAUAAACUACGAGUAUCUAGGUGGGAAAAAAACAUUGGAAGCAGAAAAUACUAGCCAUGCUGAAUGAGAUGUCUUCAAGUCUUAUAGCCCCUUGUUUCUCUAGCUAUAUCUCAGUGAUGAAAUCAACAAAUAUUACUUUGUCUAAGCAUUUCAUGGAUAGUACAUAAAACAAGAAAUACAGAUGGAAAAUUGUGUCUGUUCAGAAAAUAUUCAUUGGAUAUAUACUUUGUUUUUAGAAAGUUAUUUGUACUGAUGUUAUUUAUAGACUCAGAGCUUUAGACAACUUUAUCAGUUGUAGAUCUAACAUUAUCAAGACAUCUAAUCUUACUAAAACAUUCAUGUAUAAAAUUAAGAUAAAAUUAUGAGCCUCACUGUAGUAUAGACUGAAAAGUUAUUUAAAAUGAUAUGUUGUAUUCUAAGUUAUUUUAUAAUAGUGUAGUAGACAUAUUUUAGCAGUCAACUUUUUUCUAAAAUCUAUACAGAUUUACUGAUGAAUCAAGUACUUAAAAGUUGUUUUUUUCUCAGUCUUUUUCUGCAAUUUUUUUAAUGAAAAAAUUACAUUUCAUCAUUUAUGGAUGCAUUCCAGUUACUUUGAAUUAAAUAAAAAAGUCUGUAAACAGUUUCUGCCAUAAAUCACAGCCAUGAAGAAGUGUAUUAAAUGUAAUGCACUAGGAAAAGUGCAUCUUGUCCUGAGGGCAAAAUUACAUUGAAUUAAAAAUCACAGAAUAUAAAUGUGUAGUUGUUCUUUAACACAUUUUUUAAAAAUAUUUCAUAGUUUAAAUUUAUUUAAUACAAAGGUUUAUCUGUUUAAUUUUAUACAUAAAAAAAACUUUUAAGAUUUAAAAUUUAGACUUUUUAUUGAAGUCAUAGGCUAGUGACCUAAACAGGUAAGGAAAGCUUGUUUUCUGUUUAUUUCAACUGUAUAAACCAAUGUAACUUUGGUUUUAGUUGAUACUCACAUAGAAAUUGGAAAAAAUUGAUAAAACUUAAGUAGAUGACAUGUUUCUAGUAGAAAAGAUGUUUGUGAACAACUUUCAUCACUAUUGCAGUCCUGAUGUUUUUGAAACUUGCUUUAUCAUUUUGCUUCAUUGAAAUUAUGAUCUUGCAAAAGAAAAGAAACAAGAUGAAGUAGGUUUAGUUACAUAAUUUUGGACUUGACUGAAACAAGUUUCGUUUUGCCUAAAAAGCCUUUCUUUUUUUUUACCCUUGGGGCUUUGUUUACAUUAGGCCUUAUCAGCCUAAGUAGCUGCUGAAAUGACAUGGAACAUACCAAAAGGAAAUGUAAAAUAAUACAUAAAUGGAAGUAUAAUGUUUUUAAAACUUAUUUCAUAUAUGAAACAAAACCAUAUGGUUGACAUUUUUAAAAAAAGCUUUCUUAUAAUUUGUGUAUGGUGAAAAGUUAUUUUUAUUUUACAGCAGUGAUUAAAAACACACGCACACAGAAAAUUAAAACUGCGUGUGGUGUUUUUUCAAAUGAAAGCAAAGUUAAAAUUUAUUGUUUAUAAAAUAAAACCUUUAUAGAAAACCUAAGGGAACAUAGGAAAACAAAGAUCAAUAAUUGAAUUCUACAAUAAAUGUAAGCACUUGUAAUUGUGCAUACAAAAAAUGUUUUAUGUGCAGAAGCUACAUAAUACAUAGAACAUUCAUUGAAGAUUCAAACUAUUUUAUCUUGUAAUUUCUUUUUUGUAUUGUAAUUUUAAAAACUAAAUGCCCUACAGGUUUAUUGGAUUGCACCAUUGUUGUUUAGAGUUAAUGGUGCUUUUGAAAAUAUUAAAACCCAAUAUUCAGUUUGAAACCUGAAAGAAAUCUGUGGAUCAGUUUGUCUAUUGGAAAAUUUUUAUUUUUAGCUCAGUAAUGGGAAUACACUUUGUUAAUGCAACCCAUUUAUAGUAAGUAUAUAGUUGAUCUGCAUUUUUUUUUCACAAUGUUUCUUAGAUUAUGAUUUAACAUAAAAGUAGAGUAUGUUUCAGAGAUUAGUUUGCUUUUAACUGAACAUGAAUAUUUUUGUUGAUGAUUGUGUGUUAGGUUUUCAUUCUGUGUUGAUUUGUAGCAAUGUUUUAAAUUUUUUAUAAGAUAUAUUCCAAACUGAUGUUUUUCCGUCCAAAAUAAUAGAUUGUACAAGUACUGGCACAGUGAAUCAGUAUGAGUUUUUAGAUGAGAUUUAAGUUUGGCUUAAAAAUUGAAGUUUCAAAACAUAACGCUGGUUCAUUUUUUGUCAUCUAUUUUAUUCUUUUGUAAUCUAUAUUUUCCCCCUGAGUGUGACUUAACUAAAGAAAAUGCCAGUUAUACAUGUUGCAAUUACAAGUGUUACUUGAAAGUUCAUUAUUGAACUAUUUUAUUUUGAAUCUGGUAUUUUUCAUCAAAUAGUGUACAUAGCACUUGGAAUAUAUGAAAAUGUUAUGGGGAAUUUUUAGAAUGUCAUCAUUAUACUUGGGAACAAUAAUGUAUGGAUCUUAUAGGAAUUAAAAUCUGGCAAAGUAAGUCAAUGUAGUAAUUUCUAAUGCUUUCACAACUUAAGUUUUGUAUGACAUUUCUUACAAGAUAUCAUAUUUUUAACUUGUAUUUUGUUCAGCCUACAGAUAGGUACAAUAAUCAGUUGAUUAGUUACUAUUGUGUAGAAAACUUGGAAUAAUUCUAGGUUUACUAUGAAAUCUAGUCCUUAAUCUUCUUUUAACAUAUGUUAUUUUAUUAUUUGAAUUGUAAUAAAUAUUUUCAUUAUUUUAAUACCUGCAAUAAAGUACAAAGAUGAAUAAAGCAAUAAAUAUUGGAUUACUACUACAUAUUUCUGCAUAUUUAUGAAACAAGUCAAUUGGCUCUUUUAACCAGGUUAAAAGUUUUAUUGAAUCUUGAGUGACUAGUUGUUUUGUGAAAAUUCACCUUAUUUUAUUUUAGUACAUCAUUAAAGUCUGUCCUAUCUAUGAUUUGCUGAAUACUGUAAUGAAUAAAGAUGAUUGCUCAUUACUAGUUUUUGAAAGGAGUUAUAGAAAUUAGUUUAAGCCAAAUUAUAUAUCCAUGAGAAGAUGUAUGGAUAUUUGUUUUUAAAUAUAUUAAGCUCAUAGAAACAGUUUGAUUUUUUUGUUGUAAUUGUUAUUAGAAGGCUUGUAAUAGAAUUUAUUUAUCCUCAGUUGUGUAAUAAAGUUUACAUAAACAGU